CCUUGAAAAAAUUAUGUUUCUUAAAAUCAGCUCAUCUCUUCAACGAUCUUUCAAGAGCACUCGAGAUGUCGUUUGGAUGGUCCGCAGGUGAUAUCGCAGAAUGCGUUAAGGUACUUGUCAAGAUUGGGAAUGCUCUGAAGGAGUCCGGCGGCUCCAAAGCUGAGUACCAGGAUGCAGUGAAAUUCUUAAGCGGUGUUGAAGCAACAGUCCAGGGAGUGGAAGCCAUCCUUCACAACCACCCGGAUUUAAAACUCAGGCCCACUUUUGAGGACAAUGCGGAAAAUUUGUUUGCUGCAGUGACUCACUUCAGAGAAAAAACAGAAAGAUACGACACCUCGCUUGGAGUCAAUGCCACGGCCUCUAAGGCUAAGAAGGUUUGGAAGGAAAUUCAUCUUGCGCUAUUUGGGCAUAUUAAGGAGUUGGAAGUUGCCGUUUCGCAUCCUCAAAAUGUUCUGAAUGGUUUGAUUGUCCUCCAAGUACUGGAUACCCUUGUCGACAUGUCCAAGAAGCCCACGCUUUCUCCUCAGCAACUCCAAGAUUCCACCGAGGAGAUAUCGAGAAAUUUUCCCCCUCUGAUGACUGCCAUCGAGUCCUUACGCUCAAACAUUGAGGCAGAAUUCAUUACUAUCCAGCAAACCACCGAUAGCCACGUGCAGAGGCUCGAUCAGAUUCUUCCGAAUCUACCUGAUCUGAUCAUGUUGCAAAGCUCAAUCUCAGCACAAGCACAAGCACAAGUAGAUGUUGAAGCACAAGACCUUUGGCGGAGCAAAUUCCAGAUUUCCAUCACAAGAAUACAAGCUGAAGUCGAAAAGCAUUUUGAAGCUCUUCAAGAAAUAAGGCAGGCACAAGAAGCUCACCAUCAACAGAAUAUACAGACCGCAUUACAAGCAUUUUCGUGGAGCAAUGCAUUUCGGCCUCCUGCAUCCCGACCUGCUGUAAGAGUGAUCAGGAAAACUGUAAUACUGAGUUCGGGGCCUGCUCGAAGCACCCCGGCGACAGGAAAAGGCUCUUCUCGAGGAGGCAGUUCCGGAGGAGGGAAUUCUGGGGGGAAUUCUGGAGGGAAUUCCAGAGAUGCUAGUUCUCAGAACGCUGUUUCUCCGGGAGAAGGCUCAAGAGGAGGAUCCUCGGGGGGCGGUAAUUCUCGACGUGGCAAGACUCGAGGCCAAGAAAGCUCAAGAGGAGGUUCCUCAACAGCUACUCAGUCCCGAGGAGGAUUCAACAAGGGAGGAUCAUCUAGGGGCGGUAGUUCUCAACGCGGUAAUGCUCGUGGAGGAAGCUCAAACAAAGAGCCUUCGAGAGGCGACAAUUCUCAGGGGAAUCUGUAAGGAGGGAACACUCAAGGUGGCAGUAACGCUCGGGGAGGGAGUGCUCGAGGAGAAAGUACCCAAGGAGGUGUUCGAGGUGGUAACAAUGCUCGAGGAGGGAGCGCUCGAGGAGGGAGUACCCGAGGAGGUGUUCGAGGUGGUAACAAUGCUCGAGGAGGGAGCGCUCGAGGAGAAAGUACCCGAGGAGGUGUUCGAGGUGGUAACAAUGCUCGAGGAGGGAGUGUCCGAAGAGGGAGUGCUCGAGGAGGAAGUGUCCGAGGAG